GACGGGUUUCUAGAGGUUCAAUCUUCAAGCCACAAGGUUACUCUCUACGAUGAUUGUGAAAAGGUUUUGGGUAGUAAGUUUUUAAAGAUCGAAAAGGAUGUUGAAUCAGGCCAAACACUUGCAUUUGAUUCCUACCUUGUGGAUAUUGGUGAUCUACAUGGUGAUCACAAACCUAUAGUAAAUAAAACUUCUGAGGCAAGGGAUAAACAUAUUGGUUUGAAACCUCAGUCAUUGCACAACCACAAAUUCAGGAAUAACUCUGCUGUUGAGGACAAGAAGCCUAAUUUCAGGGAAAAGAAAGCAUUGUCUAGUUCUCUAAGCCCAUCACAGAAACUAAUUAGAGAGUUCAAGAAAGGUGAAGUGCAGAAGUAUAGUUCUUCCCCAAGUUGUCUUGAUGUGACACAAUCUUGUGAAGAAGGUCUUGUACACCACUCAACUAACUCAAAAAGCCAAGAAAUUUCAUGAUGGAUUUUUACGAAUUUCGAUGAAUGGUUCGCAAUGCAAGGCCAUGCUCUAUGAUGCUGCCAAAGGACUCUUAGAUAGUAGGUUUUUAAAGCUUAAUGAAACUAUUCAAUGUGGCGAAUCAAUUACUUUUGAUGGUUUCUUAGUGGAUAUUGGAGAAUGUGAAGGAAAUCAAAAGCCUCUUCUGGACUCUAAGUUUCAAGGAGGAAAAGUGAUGCAUGAUAAAUUACACUCCCAGCACUACUCUCCUGCUGAGUUCAAGAAAGGUGAGAUGCAUAAGUACAGUUCUUCGCCAAGUUGCGUUUAUGAGACAAAAUCUGGGGAAGAAGAAUGGCAGGUCAUGUACACCACUCAAUUAACUCAAAAAGCCAAGAAGUUCCAUGAUGGGUUCUUACGAGUUUCAUUGAGUGGCUCACACUGCAAGAAGGCCAUGCUCUAUGAUGCUGCCAAAGGACUUUUGGAUAGCCGGUUUUUGAAAACAAAUGAAAAUAUUAAGUGUGGUAAUUCAAUAACUUUUGAUGGUUUCCUGGUGGAGAUUGGAGAAUGUGAAGGAAAUCAAAAACCUCUUCUAGACUCAAAUUUUCUAGGAGGACACAUUGAGGUGAUGCAAGACUCUUUACACUCUCAGCACAAGUAUCCAGUUGAAUGGGAUGUCAUGUACACUUCUCAGGUAUGUCAAAAACGGAAGAAAUAUAAUAGUGGAGUUCUCAGACUCUCAUCUUGUGGUUCUUUUCGAUAUCAGGUCACUCUGCUCACAGAAGAGGGUAACACACUAGGCCGAAGGUUCCUUAAAUCAUCUGAACAUGUGGAAACUGGAGUUACAUUGAAUCUACCAAAUUAUUUAGUCGAUGUUGGUGAUGCUCACACAAUUCAAAAAGAACCUCAACGUGAUGGUGAUUUUUCUCAUAAAGAUAAUAUUUCAAUCUCUAAAAGAUUCAGUAUGAGUGUCGCUGCAAAAAAUCCUUCUCUUGGCAGUGAUUCAGCGACAUUCCACAGUGAAGCUCAAAAGAUAACUUCCUUGCCUGAGGACAUAAAUUUUAACACUAGAAGCUCGACUCUCGCAAGCUCUACAAUGGGUGUUGUGGGUCCAGCCCAUUUUAUUUGGGUUCCAUUUUUCUUUGGUGGAGGGCCCAAUUGUGUUUUUACUUUGUUGACUAAAAAAAAAGGAGAGUAAAAAAAGGGCUGGGCAGUAGAGGACUUACGGACAGAGCAGAAAAAAAAAUAUCAGAAUUGAGAGAGGAAAGGUGCUGGUGCAGAAUUUACAGACCAGCCGCACAAAUUCGAUCAUCUCCGGAGAUCCAGCCGUUGGAUUGAGCUGAAAUUUUCAGAGGUUGUUCCCAACACUUAGGGCUUCAAUCUAUUC